UACAUUAAUUUUUUCAAUUUUUUUUCUUGAUUUUAGUCGGUUUCAAACCAUAAAUAAACUCUCAAAAUCUCACCGGUUUCGAACCUAACACCUGCCCUUCUCAUCCUCUAUCCAUCUUCUUGUAAUCUGAAUCCACUGUUAACAAUAACAUUCUUUCUUUGACGAUACUUGCUUCUAUUCUUCAAACAUUCGUUCCCAGUUAUACUCAACAGCUAGUGAGGAGCCUCUUUCGUCGUUUUAAUUUUCUUUCAGUGAUCAUCGUCUGUAUUUGUCUCUGUCCAAACUCUUAUAGGCUUUAUGUUCAAGGAACUCACUUGUCUUCUAAGACACUCCAACUCGUGUUCUUUCAUCAACCUCUAGCUUGUUCUGUUCCUCUUUUAACUGUACCUGUCACAUCUCCUGGACUCUCAAAGUUCAAAGAGUAUACAGUAUGAGGUGUAAUUGAAAUAUGUAUGAAGCCCAUUAUUUCUGAUAGAUAAUUUUAGAAUGUUUUUUCUUUUAAUGCCUGUCAUUGGAUUAAAUUUUGCUUGUAGGAAAGAAAAUUUCAGUAUAAGAGACAUUUUUGCAUGAAAUUAGUGUAUUUUGUAUAUAUAUUUCCCAGUUAAGUUGUGGUCCUUACUGUCAAAAUCAAAUUUCAGCUGCUACAGAUAAUGCCUAGCUGUAGAAUCCGGAAAUUAAAGAAGCAUAUGUCAAUAAAUGGAGUGAAAAUAAUCGUUCUCCUUCUUUGUUUAUUAGUCUGGUAUUAAUUUAAGAAUUCAGCAAUUAUCACCAUAAAAGAUAUACUUGCUAGCUUUGUCUUUUGAAAACUGAAAAUUUUCCUUGUUUUGACAUUGGUUAUCUGACAAUUCAAUCUACUGAAUAAUGAUGAGAUUGUGAUGUUUUGUGAAGCUAUUUAAAUGCCCCCGAAAACUAAAAAAUUCUAAAAUUUACGGAAAAUAAAUUCUUCUCAUGCAUCAAGUAUUUCCUCAGCUUUUGCUUAUAAUUGGCCAAAGGGUGAGGAAAUCAAUGAGAAUAAGAUAAGGAUGAACUUCAUUAUUAUCCAAUUUAACCUAUCAAAACGUAAUCCUCUUGCCAUAAUUAUAAUUGGAGGACAGAUCAUGUUAUUUAAUGGAUUUGUUGGAACCUAAUAAUACAGAAGGCAUGUGUAAGAAGAUUAUUGUGUAUCAGUAGAGUUCGUUGUGGCUUCCUUAUCAAUAAGCAGAAUAUUUCCUUUUUUCACUUUUGAUUGCUUUAUAAAGUUGAAUUCGACCUUUAGUAAACAAAUUCUUCUUCUGUUCUCAUAAGCCUAGGAAAUAAGAAAAAUCAAUCUGUUACCUGCUUUUGAGAACUAAUGAAGAUCGGUAUGUACAUUAAUCAUUUGAAUGUUUUCCCAUUUUAAUUUUCUUCGUUAUUUCCUUUGAUAAAUAAUCAUUGUAGUGAACUGAGUUUAUUAUUGAAAAGUCAAUAAUUAUGAGAGGGGGAUUGGUUAAAGUUGAAUGCUUGUGGGAUUGGGUUGGAAUACUUGGCCAAUCCCUAGUCGGUUUUAUUCAACCAUUUGUUCUGAGAGUCUUAUUGAAAAACCAAAGGACAGCCUUCCUUGACUUUUCUUUUCGAGCAUGUAUUUUUUCUGAUCAUUUCUAUGCAAUGUUAAUAACAGCUGUGCUUCUCUUGCAUUUCAUCUUAGUUUUGGUUUUGAAUCUUUGCUAAUUGCUAUUCCUGCAUAUUAACUUGAGAUGGUUGGAAGGCUCCAUUUCCUAGUGCAGAACUGCACAUAUUAUGUUCAAAUGUUAUGCUUAAGCAUGUGGGGAAACUAAAAAAUUGCCCUGUUGUGCAGAUGUGGCAUCAUGAACCCUAGCAAAGUUCACAAGUGUUUUUCCCCCCAUUCGUGCAGUUAUUUAAAUCUCUAUACUUUACAUUAGCUCGUCAAGAUCUUGUUUGGAAGAAAGGCAAAGUAUCGAUUGUGCAAUAUCUUCAUAGCUUCCAAUAAACACCCAGAAACAUUAAAACAAAAGCUGGCAACAAUGAUGUCAAGAUCUUGUAUAAAUUUGUUGGACUUAGUAUCUGGAGACAUGUUGAAUCUCCCUCAAACUCCCAGAUCUCUCCCAAGGGUGAUGACUGUUCCAGGAAUAUUUUCUGACACAGAUGGUGAUGGAAGUAAUGAUGGAGAUUCAGAUGCUCCAUUGUCUGGAUGCCGCAAGAAGAAAAUUAUAGUGGCAAAUUUUCUUCCUCUACAUGCUCAAAAGGAUUUGAAAUCAAGCAAAUGGUCAUUCAGUUUUGAUGAGGAUUCACUUUUGUUACAAAUGAAGGAUGGAUUCUCAAUUAAUACUGAGGUUGUUUAUGUGGGAUCUCUGAAGGUUGAUGUAGAUGCAAGUGAACAAGAAGAAGUUUCCCAGAAAUUGUUGGAGGAAUUUAACUGUGUACCCACAUUUCUUCCUCCUGAUCUUCACAAAAAGUUCUACCAUGGAUUCUGUAAGCACCAAUUAUGGCCCCUUUUCCAUUAUAUGCUCCCAAUGUGCCCUGAUCAUGGUGAUCGCUUUGACAAGUUGCUUUGGCAGGCCUAUGUCUCUGCUAAUAAAGUUUUUGCGGAUAAGGUUAUGGAAGUGAUCAAUCCUGAAGAAGAUUAUGUUUGGGUUCAUGACUAUCACCUAAUGGUGCUCCCUACUUUCUUGAGGAAGCGUUUCUAUCGAGUUAAGCUUGGCUUCUUCCUUCACAGCCCAUUCCCUUCAUCAGAAAUUUACCGAACUCUGCCAGUCAGAAAUGAAAUUCUAAAAGCACUGCUGAAUGCAGAUUUAAUUGGUUUUCAUACAUUUGAUUAUGCUCGUCACUUUCUGUCCUGUUGCAGCCGAAUGUUGGGCCUAGACUAUGAAUCAAAACGUGGUCAUAUUGGACUUGAGUAUUUUGGACGCACAGUAUACAUCAAAAUUUUGCCUGUCGGAGUUCAUAUGGGCCGAUUAGAGUCUGCUCUAAAUCACCCCUCUUCUUCCAUCAAGGUUAAAGAAAUUCAAAAACAGUUUGAGGGGAAAAAGAUUAUUGUUGGAGUUGAUGACAUGGACAUUUUCAAGGGCAUCAGUCUGAAAUUGUUAGCCAUGGAACGACUUUUGCAGCAGAAUCCUGAGUUGCAGGGAAAAGUUGUCAUGGUUCAAAUUGUAAAUCCUGCUAGGAGCUCUGGGAAAGAUGUACAAGAAGCAAAAAAGGAGACAUACUCGACUACCAAAAGGAUAAACAGGACUUUUGGUUUUCCAGGAUAUGAACCAGUGGUCCUGAUUGAUCGUCAUGUACCUUUUUAUGAGAAAACAGCCUACUAUGCAUUGGCUGAAUGUUGUAUUGUAAAUGCUGUGAGGGAUGGAAUGAACCUGAUCCCAUACAAGUAUAUUGUCUGUAGGCAGGGGACUCCUAAAAUGGAUGAAGCUUUGGGAGUUGAUUAUCGAUUGCCUCAUUCAAGUACAAUUGUUGUUUCAGAGUUUAUCGGUUGCUCGCCAUCUUUAAGUGGUGCAAUAAGGGUAAACCCAUGGGAUGUUGAAGCUGUAGCAGAUGCAUUAAAUCUGGCCCUCACCAUGCCUGAUUUAGAGAAGCAGUUGAGGCAUGAGAAGCACUAUCGAUAUAUCAGCUUCCAUGAUGUGGCAUACUGGGCCCACAGUUUUAUGCAGGACUUGGAGCGAGCUUGCAAAGAUCAUUACAGUAAACGUUGCUGGGGUAUUGGUUUUGGGCUGAAUUUUAGGAUUUUGUCACUUUCACCAAGCUUUAGGAAGCUUUCCAAUGAACAUAUUGUCUCUGCAUACAAGAGGACAUAUAGAAGGGCGAUAUUUUUGGAUUAUGAUGGAACAGUGGUGCCUCAAACUUCCAUUGUUAAAACUCCCAGUGCUGAAGUUAUAUCUGUCCUGAACAACCUUUGUAGUGACCCUAAGAACACUGUGUUUAUAGUUAGUGGAAGGGGGAAAGAUUCUCUGAGUGAAUGGUUUGUUCAAUGUGAGAAUCUUGGUAUAGCAGCGGAGCAUGGAUACUUAAUGAGGUGGAAUAGGAUGUCCAGUUGGGAAACCAGUUCCUUGGUGGCAGAUUUUGAUUGGAAAAAAAUUGCAGAACCUGUGAUAAAAUUGUAUACAGAAGCAACUGAUGGCUCCUAUAUAGAGACCAAGGAGAGCGCCUUGGUGUGGCAUCAUCAAUACGCUGAUCCAGAUUUUGGAUCUUGCCAGGCCAAAGAAUUGUUGGAUCAUCUUGAAAAUGUCCUUGCAAAUGAGCCAGUAGUUGUGAAGAGGGGUCAGCAUAUAGUUGAAGUAAAGCCACAGGGAGUUACUAAAGGUCUUGUUGCAGAGAGAGUUCUUUCUGCAAUGAUCAGUAAUGGGAAAUCCCCAGACUUUGUGAUGUGCAUUGGGGAUGAUAGAUCUGAUGAAGACAUGUUUGAAAGCAUAUCAAGAACAGCUUCUAGUUUGUCAUUUUGUUCAGCGCCAGAGAUCUUUGCAUGCACUGUUGGCCAAAAACCAAGCAAAGCUAGGUACUACUUGGAUGAUACUGCUGAGGUACUAGCAUUGCUCCAAUGUUUGGCUACUGCUUCGAGCUUGAAGUCAAGGGGUGGUACAGAAGUACAAGUUUCUUUCGAUGAUGUCUUCUGAAAGGCUAUAAAAUGUGGUUCUUUUAGUGCAUGGAUACAGGAAAAAGUGGUGCAAUGAUGUGGAUGUGGCUGGAUAAAGAAAAGGAAUGCGUGUUUAGGUGCAUUACUUUCUUCAUACAAUUCAGAGGUUACUCAUGACGGUAGUUAUUAACUUAGUCAUCACAUACAGGGGCCUGACACCAAUGCCACCGUUCGGUUGUUUUAUGGGAGAGAUAGAACGGCAUACCUUUUCUUUUUAAAUUUAUUUUUUCUUUUAUCUCUGCUUUCUAGACUGCAAGGAUGGGGGCUGGUGCAUGUAUGUUGUGGUUUGGAAAGAAGCAGCUUGUGCAGUUCACAGAUUUAGAGGUCAUACCAAGGGGGAGACAAUUUUCUUGUAUACAUGAAUUGGUUUUGCUUAUACAUGAAAGGCAUUCUUUAUGGUUCA